AUGUUACACGGCGAGACUGCCACCGUCAGUGUCGACCCGGCCAUUCACGCGUUCCUCAUCGAAAAGAAGGGUGCCAAGAGUGCCCAGUUCGAGUCGGCCAACCAGGUCAAUCCCAACCUCCCCACCCCCCGCAAGCAGGCUCGUGAUGCCAAGCUCAAGGAGGUCCUCGGGGCUGCCACUACUGCCCUCAGCAAGCUUGCAAAGGACGCUGCCGACGUCACGACCGAGACUCUGGACGUCGACAAGAACGACUCGACGUUCCUCUACAUGGACCCCCUGUCCGUGCUGCAUAGCCCGUCCUUCCUCCCCGGCUCGCACAAGACGGUCCGUGUCUCGUCGCGCUUCGUGCGCGCCGCUGGUGGCGGCACGACGUUCGAGCCCGUCCCCGGCGUCGAGCCCAAUGCGGACAAGUGGGACGAGCUCGACGGGUGGUGCGAGGCCGUGUGCCCUGCCGGCAGGCACGCUCGUGCUCAUCCACGGCAGCGUCAUGCACCGCUCGCCGCCAACCCGUCCGACAAGACGCGCAUGAUCUACACGUUCCACAUGAUCGAGGGCGGUGCGCAGUAUGACGGCAAGAACUGGCUCCGGCCCACUGCGGCCUUGCCCUUCCCGGCUCUGUACGACGAGGCGGCCCCGCUGCCGACGCCGACUGCUGCUGCCGCCUAG